GACAACUAUUCAACGUUUCUUAAGGUUUGUUAGAUAGGAUGCUUCAUAUGAUUUCUAAACAAAAAUCAAUCACAAAGAGCCCACAAAUUUAAGCGGAAAAACUGAAUUUGUUUUUGCCGUCCACAAAUAACUUGUCCCCUCGACGUGAAUACCUUGCCUGUUUUUUUAUCCCUUAAUAUAAUAAAUUGCUCCACUCUUUGGUUUUUCGCAAAAGCUUAUUUCCACGCAACAAAAGCACACGUAUAAACAAGUCUAUCUCGUAAACCCUCCGGCCGACAAUUCACAUAAAAGAAACAAUUGACCUAGUCGAUGUACGUAUCAAACCAAAAACCCUCUAAAUCCUCUCUAGCUAGCUCAAAGCAAAACCCACUUCCUCUCUCUCUCUCUUUCUAUUGUUCCACAUGUCUUCCGGCUCCUUCUUCCUCAUCAACAUCCCCGGCCUGCAGGAAAUGAACCUAGGUCAACAUUCAGGCACGGACAACCCCACCCACAUAGUAUGGACCGUCGACGACCACCACGACGCCGCCGGCGGCGCGACAAAGUCGUACACGUGCGCCUUCUGCAAGAGAGGGUUCUCCAACGCUCAGGCGCUAGGCGGGCACAUGAACAUCCAUAGAAAAGACAGGGCCAAGCUCAAAGAAGCCGCCGAGGAUCUCUACCGCAACCAAACCCUCCUCUCUCUAGACAUCUCCAGGGACACGUCGUCAUCGUCCACGUCUCCUCCUCCGUCCGAGGAUGCGUUAGGUAUUAUUAAUACUACCCAGCCGCCGCCGCAGCCGCAGCCGGUGUUUGUUGACCAGCCGGUGAUGGAGACGGAAAGGGAGCAGGUGUUGGACCUUGAGCUGCGGUUGGGACCGGAGCCGCCGCCGCCCACCACCACCACCGACGUGUGAAACGUUAUCAUCGACAUCAUCGCCGCCGGGGGACGAGCACCAGAGGAUUAUUCCUAUGAAGAUGAUCAUGAUGAUGGAUUUUGAUCUUCUUUAUGGUGAUCAAGGUAAGAAAACUAAACUUUUGUUAAUUACUUGGUGACCCUUUUUUCUCUCUUUGAGGAUGUAUACAUAUAACAAGAAAGAUGUGGAAGUUCGUAUUUGCUACUUCUCUCUUUCCAACCACGUACGCUUGGCCUUUCGGCGAGAGAUCAUCGGAUGAAAUCACACGGAAGAAGUCAUGUUGAUUGUCGAAUCUUCUUUAUUUUCUGUUAUACCUUAAUUUUGUAGCCAACUAUGAAUCAGGAAUGAUCAAAACUAAUUCAUCAUGCAUAAUUAUUGUGAUCGUUAUAUAUUGGGCUCUCCUUUCAUGUUACUUUUUGUAAAUAGCUCGCCAUGGAACUAACGUAUAAGGAUCCUUGAUCGAAGUAAUAACGAGUCGGAUCUUACUUCAGAAAAAAAGGUAACUGAUCUGAGGUUAACGAUAUUUAUAUAGGUCGAUCGGUUUCAACCAUAUCUGUGUUUUUCCUCACCUUACUUGAUAAGCUUGUGUCUGUGCCCUAGUUUAAUCAAUACUAGUUUUCUAAUAAGAAUGAAGAACAGGAUGAAGAGUAAAUGUAAUGAGAAAUAGUGCAAAGAGAAAAGUGAUAAGCCUUCCAAGUGAGGAAAGAAGAAAAGCCCAUUACUUGGAAUGUCUUGUUAAUAAUGCAGAAACGAAGAAGACAAUGAUUUAUGUGUGAUUUUCACUAUAUCGCUUUUGGAGAGCUGUGUUCAGUUACAAGGGUUAAUAACGGUAUAUGAUCCACGAUUGAACCUCUCUCAACAAUUCGAGUUAUUGAGAUCAACUGGUUCUUGCGUUAUGUGACCGAAAAGUCUUGUGUUCAAAUCCCAGUGACCCCGUUUGUGAAGCACAUGGUAUCGUGCAUUCAGACCUGUGCAAAUGAAAGCCCUUAUGAGGUGACUGGCUUUCAUUUGAGGGGGUGUGUUAGUGAAUGGUGUAUGAUCCACGAUUGAACCUCUCCCAACAACUCGAGUUAUUCGGACCAACUGGUUCUUGACAUGGUAUCAAAGCCUUCUGUGAUCGAGAGAUCUUGUGUUUAAAUCCUGGUAACCCCCAUUUGUUAAGCACAUGGUAUUCGGACCUGUGUAAAUUUCAAGCCCUUGUGAGUGGCUUUCUUUUGAGGUGGCGUGUUAUUGUAUGGUAUAGAUCCACGAUUGAACCUCUCCCAACAACUCGAGUUAUUGGGAUCAACUGGUUAUUGACAUGGUAUCAGAGCUGGUUUGACAAGUGGUCGUGUGUUCGAAUCUCCACGACCCCCAAUAUUAACAGUUGAUCAAAGCACAAGGUAUAGUGGCUUGUGCAAACUUCAAGCCUGUGAGUUGGCUUUCAUUUGAGGGGGUGUGUUAGAGAGUGGUAUAAGAUCCAGCAUAACCUACUCUCAAGAUCUCGAGUUAUUGGGAUCAACGGGUUCUUGACAUGGUAUCAGAGCCUUCUAUGAUCGAGAGGAUUUGUGUUCGAAUCCUGGUAACCCCCAUUUGUUAAGCAUAUGGUAUUCAGACCUGUGUAAAUUUCAAGCCCUUGUGAGUGGCUUUCAAUUGCUUGAAGUUUGCACGAGUCUGUAGACAAGAAUACCAUGUGCUUAACAAAUGGGGGUCGUGGGG